ACAGACAAAGAGAGAAAGAGAGACAGACAGAAAGAGAGAGAGAGAGUUUUAAUUUCCUUGUACAGCUCAGAACAUGCUGAAAGAAAGAGAAGCAGGAAAAAGAGAGUAAUAGAAAGAUGAGGGAGGAGAGAGAGAAAGAAGGAAGUGAGGAAGCAAGUUAAAGCGAGAGAAAGAAAGAGAGAGAGAAAGAGAGAGGGAGGAAGGAGGAUGUAGUGAGGGAUUCGGAGGUGAGUUUGGGCUGAGGUGUUUUUCUGCCCAAUAGGAUUCUUGGAAAUGACUCUCAAAUUAUUGCUACUGAUUCUGGUACUGAAGACCAACCUGAUCACCCAGCAGGUUCACUGUAAAGAGGACGAAGAUUCUGGAGAUGCUGAAACUGAAGAAGCUCCCUCCCCCCUCCUGCAGGAUGAAACCGCCUUCACUGAAUUAUAUCCACAAACUCUCACACCACAAACAUUUCCAGUUCUCCUGGAGGAGAAAGUGGCUGUUGAAUCAUAUCCACAGGUUGUCUCAACAAAAACAUCCACAAUCCAGAGUAAAGUCAACUCCACACAAAACCAAAACGUGACCCAGAAACAGAACCUCACCCGAACCACAGAUUCACCACCGCAGCACAGAGUACGCGCAGGUGUGAAAAAUUACAGCACAACUGCAGCUCCUCACACGACGCUGGGGUAUGGGGGGGACGUUUUCAUCAUUAUCGUGGUGUUGCUGGUGAUAACACUCGUCAUCACAGCCAUGGUGGUGGCGGCCGGCGUUCUGAUCAACCGCAAGAAGAGGAGAGAGAAAGAAGCUGCUCUAAAGCAGGAUCCAUAUCUGGAUGCUGAAGGAGGAGAGAAAGUGCCGAUGCCGAUGUUUGAAGAUGACGUUCCCUCUGUAAUGGAGUUGGAGAUGGAGGAUCUGGAGAAGUGGAUGAUUAAAGGAGACGACGGCAUUAGCAUGGACUCUAAACAAAAGCAGCAGUUUUCAUGAACACAUUUCUGAGACCUCCACCAACCUCCACCAAUCUCCACCAACCUCCACCAACCUCCACCCACCUCCACCAACCUCCACCCACCUCCACCCACCUCCACCAACCUCCA